CUCUUUCUUAUUAAUCUCUCCUCACCAUUACAAUGUACAAGUUGUGCUCUCAUUAAUGGAGAAUAAAGCUAUCUAGAGAUGAGGAAGAAGAAGCCAAAAAGGGAUCCCCAUAAUGGAGGGAGAGCCCCAUAUUUCUAGAGGGAAGGGGAAGGGUUGCUCUCCAACCUAAUGGGCCAAGCGGGCCGAAAUGGCCCCAAAGGGCCGAAAUAGGCCCGAAAGACUGAAAUGGACCUCGUCAUUCGGGCUUCAUACUGGGGCGAUGUAUUGGGCUCCUGGACAGUAACAGACCGGGAUAAUAUAUCCCAACAUCUACUUUGACUACGUUGUAUUUAUUCAUGGGAAAAAACCUUUAAUAGGACUAAAACAAAGCCUAGGAACGUAAAUAGGACUCCCAACUUUUUUAAUCCUAAAUAGGACUCAUUUUUAACGGAAGGACAAAAACAACCCUAAAUUAAAAUGAGGCAUUCCAAGCGGCUAACACAGAAAUCUCUCCGAUCCACGCAGCUCCUGGCGAAGAGAAAGGUCUCUAGAGAAUAUGCGGGAGUAUCAUUUCCUUCCAGUGUACUGCUGCUCAUCUCUUGAUUUUGAUGCCGACUCGAGAUGCGAUGUUUUCACUUCCGGUGUGUCAUUGCUCGUCACUGGAUUGGUCCACCGUUUGUCGUCGCCAGAGUGUUCUUCCGCUGGCCGUCCCUUUGUCGUCGCCACUCGCCAGAGUGUUUUUCCGUUGGCCGUCACCGGAGUGUUCGCCGUCCGGGUCUUCUUCUUCUGUGGUCUUUUUCCUUUCUUCUGCCAGAUUCAUUCCUUCCGCGCGGUUCUGCCGAUCUAUUGUUUUUCCCGUCGAUUCCUUUUGCAUUUGUUUCCUUUUGUGUAUGUUUCUUCUUCGUUUUGUUUUAUCUAAUUUCCUUUUUCAAAUUGAGUUAAUUUUUCAGUUUAUUGUUUUGUUUAGAACUUUUCACCUGUGUGUUCAAAGGGCUUGCUGAUGUAUGGCUGUGAGAUUCCUUGUGUAGACCCGAUUAUUUUCACUUAUGUGUUCAAAGCGUUUACUGAUUUGUGGCUAGGAGAAGUGCCAACUGAGUAUAUGUCAAUGGAGCUC